AUGAGAAAUCAACUCACUUCUCGUCUUCUCUUUGCUCCAACCAGAACUUUGCGCAAUUCUGCCAACGCUCUUGGUAAGGUCCAGACACCAAGCGGUGCUGCUUCAUCAUCGGCUAGCAGUACUGUUUCGAGCCAGGCUGCUUCAUCAUCGGCUAGAAAAAGCGAAGGAGGAUUGCGAAAGGGAGUUGCUGGCAUUUUAACCGGAGCUCUCAUUUUCGGUUCGGCAUAUUACUACAUGAGGGACAUGAUUGUACAAGAAUCACAAGAAUUGAUCGAAAAAACGAAAAGUAUUGAAUCUUUAAAGACAAAGCGUCAGCUUUUGGAGGAAGAAAAGAGAGAACUCGAAAGAGAGCAUCAAGAAUUAUUGAAGAAGAGAGAAAAAGCUCUUCAAUUACCAGAAGAAAAAGAUCAAGCUGCUCACAAGCUUCUCCUUCUCAAAUUUUACCGUAAUUGGAAUUCAAUCUUUUAUGGAGUAAGCGCAGAAAUUGACAGCCAAAAUCAAAAGAACCAACAAGAACGCAUGAAACUGAUGAGACGUAGACUCGAAGAUGAAGUUCAAGCAAAAUUUGGUGUGAAAGAAGGUCAAUACAAGAUCAAGGCUGUCCAUGAAGAAUAA